AUGUACUUCGACAGCGAGCGAGGGAAGUUCGUGGCUGUGGCUGAACUGGGGGAGCCCGCAGUCAAGAGAGCGAACCAGGACAAGGACUUCCUGCGGAGCGAGAUGGCCAACGUGGAUGUCUUCUGCCGGCGCAACUACGGGAUCUUAGAGCCCUUCUCCCAGGCCCGGCGCGGUGAGUCCAGAAUGGGGGGGGGGGCGUCUUGGGAAACGGGCCCCCGGAAGAACCCAAAGUGGGGGGGGAGUGGGGUGGACACGUGACUUCCCCCCCCCGGCCCCCCCCGCCCUCCCGCUUUUCAGAGAGAUAAAGGGCCUUUCCUGGCGCCCCACUCCAGAGGCAGAGUUUCUGUGUCCCUGGAAGCAUCACAAACCGUUUCCUAUAUUGCAAUGUGGCUCUUAGUUUAGUUAUUUGUUAUUAAUUAGAUUCGCAUCCCGCCCUAUACUUGUAGGCCUCAAGGUGGCUUGCAACACAAUAUUUCAGUAUUCAUAAUAAUAAUAAUAAUAAUAAAAAAUAACAACAAAUAACAAUAACAACAACAAUAAUAGAAUGAUAUUAUUAUUAUUAUUAUUAUUAUUAUUAUUAAUACCCAGCUAAAUGGAUGGGGUAUUAAUAAUAAUAAUAAAAUAAUAACAACAAACAACAAUAACAACAACAAUAAUAGAAGUAAUGAUAUUAUUUAUUAUUAUUAUUAUUAUUAAUACCCCAUCCAUUUAGCUGGGUUUCCCCAGCCACUCUGGGCGGCUCCCAACAGAAUUAAAAGCCCAAUAGAACAUUAAAAACUUCAUUUACUACAUGUGAUGUCUAUGGUCCUCCCUCUCCUCUCUCCACCCCCACAACGACCCUGUGAGGGAGGCCAGGCUUGGGGGGGGGGCUGGCCAGGGACACCCAGGAGACUCAAGGCCCAGGGGGGAUUUGAACCCGGGACAGAGUCCAACCCUGGACUACAUUAGAGUGGGGGGCUGCAAAGGGGACACAGCAGCCUUUCAGGGGAGCAGAGAAAGCACAUUUCAAGCAGAAACCCUGAACAUUUUUCAAGUACAAUAUGAUGUUAUUUGGGAGUUAGUUAUUAAUUAUGACACCUUAGCAUGUCGUUUCCUGCACACCUGACAUGGAUUCAGGUUGGGCUGUCAUACGUCCAGGUUUUCCAGGGAAUCGGAAUGUUUAAAUUGAGGGGUGUCAGAAAUUUAACCCCACAAUCUCAAAAUCACAUACGUUAAGGAUUAAAUAAUAAUUAUUAUAAAUAUGGUCCAUUUCCUUCAAACCCACUCAUUACUAUUUUCAGCUACCAAGCUCCCCUCCAGCCCCCCCCCCCCCCCGUUCUCGAGGGAUCAUCCCUAAAUCAAAAGGAUACUGUGCAGUGAUUUCUGAAGAUCAUCCUGUGUGCUAGGAAAAAAGGAAGGACAAACUCCUGAGAUUCCCAGGACUGGGAAAUGAGACAGAAGGAUGGAAAGUGUCCUAGGAAGGGAGGGGCAUCCCAGGACCCCCAGGGAGGAGCAGUUCCCUGUUUGUGGAAAGCCCAGUCUGACCCCUGGGAAACUGGGCUGACUUUGGGUAGAUGGGGGGACAGAGAUCCCACUGGUGGGAGUGGGAAGUUGGGGGCUGGGAGCGUAGGAUCAACUGACUGUCCCAGGGCCAAAUCUAGGCUUUCUGUCACCCGGGCGAAGACCCUGUUUUGUCACACACACCCCACAUGCAUCUGCAUAUACACACCCACACACCCACCUGGACACAUUUGUUCAUAAAGGAAAUAAAAAGAGCUUUGAAAGAGGCUGGAAAAGAGAGAGUCUCUCCAAAUAGUAACAUUGUCUGUGUGCUAUCUGGCUUUCAUUCAACCUUAAGAAGAUCUCCUCAGAGAGCAGUAGAUCAUUUGAGGAAUUCUAAGAAAUAUCAUGACUGUUUGUAAUAAAAAUAAAAUAAUGGAAACUGUUAUAAUGAUCAGGCACAUACCAGAGUAAGUCCUAUUGAACUCAGUGGGGCUUACUUUUGAGUCAGAAUGCUGAAGAUUGCAGUAUAAGACCGCAGAAUCUUGGGAGCAAGCUGCAUUGAACUCAGUGGGACUUCUGAGUAGUAAAGGCAGUUUAAGGCUCUAAAGAAGAAAAUAAAAGAAUAAAUACUCCACAAGUUUCCUUCAAAAAUUGUGGCUGCUGAACCAUUGCAAUUAAGGAAUUUAAAGUGGAUUGGCUACAUUUUCCUCCCAAAUUACAGGAAGGGAUAAACACAAAGAGCUUCGUAUGUCAGCACCACAUUUCAUUCAUUGCAGGUAUUUUAUGUUCAGCGUAAAGAGGACUCAGUUUUUGUAGCUGAUUGUAGGCAGCAGUGCCCUCUUUACGUAUUCACGUGGUAUAAACGUGUAUGUUGUCUUCUAGAGAUACACACACACACACACACACACACACACACACACACACAAUGAAUGAAUGAUCACACAAGCAAGCAAUACUCCAAAGGGCUUCUGUUCCCAAAAGGGCAGGAGAGGAUGUUCUGAUCUCUUCACCACUUCUAAUUCAUCUCUGAGGCUUAAAGGGAAGCAAAAGAAGAAAGAAAGAAAAAUAAGAUUUUCCCAUUUCAACUUUGCGUGGAGAGAAACCUUCUCCAGGAUUUCUCUUUUGUACUCAGUUCCAAAAACAGAGAGGGGGAAAGGGGAAGGAGGGUCGUUUUCCAGGUUUUCCAGCUUCCCCUUGCAGAUUAGCAUCACUCUGGUGCUCAGCAGAUGCUUUUAGACUCUGGAGGCACCAGGGGGGGCUGCGGACAGAGAAAGGGCCCCCCCUGCAAGCUGGGAGACUCAGUUGCGCCCCUCUAGAGGCUUCACCCUGGCUGGCCCCCCUCCCCCGUUAACUAUGGCCUCUUCCCCCUCCCUUGAAGCCUCCAGGUCCCUCCCUGCCUAAAUCUCUGACCUUCCUUCCACAUCUCCCUUGCCUCCCUCCCACAGUCCAGCCCAAGGUGAAGAUCACCCCACAGACAACGUUGAAUCUUCACCACACAACACUCUGCUGAUUUGCACCGUGAACCGCUUCUUCCCUGCGGGGAUCGAGAUCAAGUGGUUCAGGAACGGGAAGGAGGAGCCCAAAGUGUGGACCACGGACCUCAUCCGGAACGGGGACUGGACCUUCCAUAUUGAGGUGAUGCUGGAGACAAAGCCAGAACGUGGAGACGUCUACACCUGCCAGGUGGAGCACGCCAGCUUCGAAGGCCCCGUCACGGUGAAAUGGGGUAGGACACUUUCCCAGCCCCGAGCCAUAUCCUGCCCAAGGAAGUGGGGGGCAUUCCUGGGGGGCUAGGUGGGUUCUCCCCCCUCAGGGGGGUGAUCCCAGGCCUGCCUUUCCUCACUUGCGGCUUUUUCUUUCUUCAGAGCCACAGUCGGACUCUGCCAGGAGCAAGAUGUGGACGGGGAUUGUGGGGAUUGUGCUGGGGCUGGUCUUUGGGGCCACUGGACUCGCCCUUUACCUGAAGAACAAGAAAGGUGAGGGUGGGGUGUCAGGGGAGAGGGAGGGUUGGGUGUGGGGCUGGACCGGGCUCCAGGCUCCCCUCCUCUUCUUAGGCAGAGGCUCUGGAGAGGGUUUUGCCUUCUCCACUCCUAGGAGGUCCCUCUUGGUGUCUCAGAAUUUAGUCCAAACUGGUCUCGGGCCAGAAUCACCUGCAGGAUCUCUGACUGUCUCUUAUCUGAGACUCUUUCUAUCUUUUUUACACUGUGGAGAAACACAGCUCUUCUUCUGGAUUUAGAAGCCUUUGUACUUUCAGGGCUCUUCUUCUAAGGUCCUCCUGCCUUCCCUGAAGUGCCAGUGUGGUGUAGUGGUUAAGAACGGUGGACUCGUAAUCUGGGGAACCGGGUUCGCUUCCCAGCUCCUCCACAUGCAGCUGCUGGGUGACCUUGGGCCAGUCACACUUCUCUCACGUCUCUUGGCCCCACUCACCUCACAGAGUGUUUGUUGUGGGGAGGAAGGGAAAAGAGAUUGUUAGCCGCUUUGAGACUCCUUAAGGUAGUGAUAAAGCGGGAAUCAAAUCCAAUUCUUCUUCUUCUCCUGAUCAAAACUGCUCAAAGAAGUAAGAGCAAGGCUCUCUCACCACACAGAGCAAAGGGCCUUUAAGACACCCACAGCCAGGAUCCCAUCAUCUCACUUGGACCUCUUUCUCAUUUGCAUGAAUUACUUUGCAUGCAUUAAUUAAUAACUGGGCAAGGCUAAGAAAUCCAGCCUAAGGAAUGAGGAGCGGUUUGUGGGGGGCAUUGGGGGAUGGGGAGAAGAGUAGGUUGCAAAACAUCCUUUAUGUGUUGGGAAAGAAAUGUUUCCAUUUAACGAAUAAUUAUCUUUAACCCCUCAUAUUCUGUUCUGCAGAGGGAGUGGGGAAACAGGUCUUAGUUGUGCCUUGAUUGCAUUAUCUUGAUCUUGGGAGCUCUGGGGUUCUCAGGGGAUCGAUUCCAGUUGAUAUUUGAUGCUGACCAAGUAUUGCUGUUAUCUUUUUCCCCUCCCAGGGAGAGCUGUUCCCCAGCCUGCAGGUAACGUUCAUCCCUCCUCCUCCACCCUCCACCUCCUCCUUCCCCCACCCCUUCUCCUGGCUGCUUAGGGUGGCCCCCUUGCUUGCUUUUCAUACAGCUGGGGCUGGGGGAUGGUUCUGGUUUAAACCCCCCCCCAUAAGCACACGCUCUAAUUUCAUCUCCUGGAAGUGGAUCUGCAGGGGAAUUCCCCACCUGGGAGGCUAUCAGGCAAAGCUCACUUUCAGGGGCCAAGUGAGGAGACCAGGGCUUUCUUCCCCUGCCCACUUUCCAAGACACGUAGCCCAAGGGUGGGGAACCCUUUUAACCCCAAAGUGGGUGGAGCAACGCAUGCAAAUAUCCCCUUUCCAGAAUAGACUACUUUCUACCCCUCUCCAUUCUUCAGUGGUGUAGUGGUUCAGAGCGGAGGACUCGUAAUCUGGUGAACCAGGUUCGAUUCCUCGCUCCUCCACAUGCAGCUGCUAGGUGACCUUGGACUAGUCACACUUCUCUGAAGUCUCUCAGCCCCACUCACCUCACAGAGUGUUUGUUGUGGGGGAGGAAGGGAAAGGAGAUUGUUAGCCGCUUUGAGACUCCUUAAGGUAGUGAUAAAGCAGGAUAUCAAAUCCAAACUCUUCUUCUUCUUCUCCUUCUCCUUCUUUUUCAUCCGGGCAAGCAAAAAGCAUCCUCAGAGUUCAAGGAGCAUCCCAGGUGGAAACACUUGAGGAAGGCGCAAAGCAGGGUCAGGAGGAGUCUUAGGGGCCAAAGAGAGAGAGUCCUGGGGGCCACCUCCUGGGCCAGAGUCCUGGGAUUCCCCACCUCUCUUUGGAACCUCCUCUUUCCCACUGCCUAAGCCAGCCAAGACUCCCUCCUCAGAGCCUCCCCUGCCAGACCCAUAACCUCCAGGCCCUGCGGACUCCAACUCCCACCACCCCCAGCCAGCAUGGCCAAUGGUUAGAGGGCACAAUGGGAACUGUAGUUCAGAAGGCCUGCUGGUCACUCUAUUUGAGUGUCCCCCAAAUCCUGCCAGGGAUUCAUCCCCCCCCCUUCUCUCCCCACAGUGAUGGGCUUGUCUCUCUUUUCUCUCUGCCUGCAGGUCUCAUUGAUUAA